CGCUCGCUGGGUCUCGAGGCCUCUGCGCAGUUCUGAUGUGCAGGGGUCGAGCUUUUAGAGAGGAAUCCCAAGGGAAAACAAGGCCAGGAGAGGAGCGGACGCGCAGCAGCUAAAGCACCACGAAGGCAGCGAUCGUCGGAUUUGGAAAGCGCCGCAUAGGUAGGGAGGGGAGCAGCAGCAGCACAGCAAGCACAUCCAGCAGCACUCGGCAGCAGCAGCUGCUGCAGCAGCGCACAGAGGACGACGAGCAGCAGCAGCAAAAGGAGGAGUAGGAGCAGGAGCAGGAGCAGCAGGUUCGGGUGGAGGCUCGAGACUCGGGAGUGAAUGAGAGUGUGAGCGAGGGAGAGAGGGAGGGAGGAGAUUGAGAUUUCGAGGUCACGAGAUUAGUGUAGAGAAAGGAAGAACAGAGAAGCGGUGGAGCUCGACGGGUGAGGAUCGAUGGUGGUCGUUCAACACAUGGACGCGGGGAGCACGGCGGCUGCUGCUGCUGUGAAUGGCGAAGCUGAAGGAGGAGGAGGAGGUGUCGUUGGAGCUAGCGGUAGUGGUAGUGGGAGCGAGGAUGUAGUGCACAAGGCGCGGAGUUUGAUGAGGCGGAUAGGGAGUAAUCGUCAUGCUCCCGAGCCUUGUCUGCUUCACUCGUUGGCGGCGAUUUUGGAGCAGGAAGAAUCGAGGUACGAGCAGGCAACGGGACACCCAUUCACGAGCAACUCCCGUUCCUCUCACACGAUUGGCCGCCUUGUGAAUAUGAUUCGGGAAGAUGAUGACUUUUUUGAGCUAGUAUCCUCGAAAUUUCUUAUCGACAGCGGACAUUCAAUCCGUGUCCGCGCUGCUGCUGCCAGAUUACUUCUAGCUUGUUUAUCUUGCUGGAUGUAUAUGCAUGUGCAGUAUCCUCAUGUUUUUGAGGACCAAGUACUUGUUAGUAUCAAGCAGUGGGUCAUAGAAGACGCGCCUAAGGCCGGUGAUGGGCGGAAUGGGAUUUCCAUAGGGAGGAAUUCGGCAACCUCUGGAAAAAAAGCUUCAGAAGUGAUGGAUCGUGAGAUGUUGAGAACUUAUGCAACAGGUCUUCUGGCAGUCGCGUUACAAGUGGGGGACGUGGUUGAAGAUGUCUUAACAACUGGUAUGGUGGCCAAGCUUAUGCACUAUUUGAGAAUCCGCACUCUUGGUGAAAUCAACGUGGAAACUGGUCCAGCUGUAGAAAACAGAUCUCUGACAAGUGGUAGAGCGAGGGAAGAAGUACGCGGCAGAGCAAGAAUGCAUCUGGAUUCAUCGCGUUUGGAGGAAAACCGGGGCUCUGAGAGAGUUGGAAUUGAGAAGGUUGGUACGGAACAAUCUGCAGUUGAUAGGAGUAGUGAGCGUGGAGCUGACGUAAAAGGCAAACGGAAAGAUGAUGAAGGAGUCGGGGAGGAGAAAGAUGGUAGGACUACUGUUGAAGCUUCCGAUCAAGCUGGACAGACUUAUGACGCCGACGAGGACGUAGAGGUAGGUGAAGAUAAGAGACGGCGCAAAGACAAAGGGGAUUUAAAGAGAAGAGGAAUAGUUAGCGGAGAGUGGUUUGGACACACUCGUCCAUCGAGAGAGGAAGAUGGAGAGGAGAAUGGUAGAGCAGAGCCCUCGAAGCGAAGGAGUGACAUUCGUGAUCGAGGAGGCGGCAGAGGGAGAGGGAAGGGAAGAAGUGGUGAUGGAGGUUUUGAAACAACACCGACAGGUGGUGUUCGAGGUGGAGAACUCCUCCGUCGAAGGUCGUUGGUGGAUAGAGGUAACAGUAAUUUUGAAAGUACUUCAGAGACUGGGAAAGGGGCGGAACUAGGUAAAGAAGGAGGUUCAAAGGAGGUUACGCCAUCGCAGGAAGCCGAGAAAGAGGAUGAUGAGCCAGCACCUUGUGUCAUGAUUGGCAAGGUGGAUGUGGGAAGGAUAAUAAGAACAGCUGCAAGGGCGGCGGAGGCAGAAGCAAGGGCUGCCUUUGCGCCAUUAGAGGCGAUCAAAGCUGCUGGAGACGCAGCAACUGAACUUGUCAAGCUGGCGGCAACAGAGGCUCUUGCAACUGCACCUGAAGAUGACGCUGCCAUUGAAGAAGCUGCAAAGGCCGCAGCCGCGACCGUUGUGGACGCUGCCGAAGCCAUUAAUGUGAAUACAUGCAGAGAAGCUGCUGCAGCAGCAGAUCCUGACCACAAAAUGAAGGCUGUUGAAGAAAUUGCUGAGACAAAGGAUCAUAAAUGUGAACUAGGAGAGAAAGGAGUGUGUGGUGUAGAAGUGGAAUCCUUGGCGACUUUGAGGGAACUUUACUGCGUGCAAUGUCUCGAGAAGAUGGGGGAGUACCUAGAAGUAUUGGGACCUGUUCUUCAUGAAAGGGGAGUGGACGUCUGUCUCGCCCUUCUACAGCGUCAGUCCAAAGACAGCAGCUCAGUGAAGGACAUGACCAUGUUAUCUGAAGUUCUCAAGUUGAUAUGCUCUCUAGCAGCUCAUCGCAAGUUUGCCUCACUCUUUGUGGAUCGCGGGGGCGUUCAACAGCUACUUGCAACACCUAGAGUGCCUUUGACACUAAUUGGCAUAUCUUUGUGCCUCUUUGCAUUUGCUUCGCUUCAGGGCGUUAUGGAACGCGUUUGCACACUACCACCAUCCGUUGUUCAGGAAAUUGUUGCUCUCGGCCUUCAUUUACUCGGGUGUCCUCAAGACCCUGCACGUAGGAAUGCAGCGCUGUUCUUUGGUUCUGCAUUUGUCUUCCGAGCAAUACUGGAUGCUUUUGAGGCCCAAGAUGGUCUUUCAAAGUUCCUCAAUCUUCUGCGCAAUGCUGCCCAUUUGAGAUCUGGUGGUGGUUCUAGUGGGGGUGGAGCCGCUGUUGUCUCCAGAAAUGAUCGACAAUUAGCUGCGGAAGUUUUGACAUCGUCUGGAAAGCAAAUUGCUUACCACUCUUGUGUCGCUUUAAGACAGUACUUUCGUGCUCACCUUCUUGUUUUGGUAGACUCGUUAAGACCUCUCAAAGGCCAUCGUGGUGGCUCUCGAAAUAAUUCCAGUGGCAGAGCCAUUUACAAGCCUGCCGAUCUAAGCAAUGAAGCCAUGGAUGCCAUCAUCUUGCAGUUGCAGCGGGAUAGGAAGUUGGGCCCUUCUUUUGUGAAAUAUCAUUGGACUCAACUGGAGAAGUUUAUGAAUUACGGUGGUCACACUAUUUUACUAGAGCUGACGCAGGCUUCACCAAACGAGAGGUAUCUGCACGAAAUUUCACAGCAUGCGCUAGGAGUAUUGCAGAUUGUUACUUUAAUGCCAUUUACUCGAAAGCUUGUCGUUGGUUCGACGUUGAGUAACGAGCGGACGGGUAUGGCAGUCAUUCUGGAUGCUGCAAGUGGUGUGGGUUUGGGUUAUGAUCCAGAGGUGAUACAAUCAGCCCUUUUAGUACUGGUUAACCUUGUUUGUCCACCGCCUUCUCUAUGUAGUCGUCCGAAUUUGCCAAGUAGUACACCGGGUCCUGCUCAUGCGUCUCAUGCUCAAGGACCAACUCCGGUCAGCGCGCUCCCGACGAGUAGUAUUUCUGGAAGCGGUACUGCUGGAGUAAAUGUUGAUAGUAGGGACAGAUCAGACAGGUCGGGAAAGGUAGAACUGGCAACGGACAAGAAUGGGGGAGAUCGACCUGCAGGUACUUCCAACGGGCCCGUAUCAGCCCCUGGGCAUGUUGCUCCAUCUACUCCUGUCUCUUCAGCUGCGGGGGUAGUUGGAGACCGCAGGAUAUCUUUGGGGCCAGGUGCUGGUGGUUCUGGUCUUGCAGCGUACAUGGAACAGGGCUACCGUUAUGCUCGUGAAGCUGUCCGUGCAAAUAAUGGAAUCAAAGUUCUCCUUCAUCUCCUUUAUCCCCGUCAGCUUUUUCCUCCAGGAGCGCUUGAUUGCAUACGAGCUCUUUCUUGCCGGGUUCUCCUUGGCCUUGCCCGUGACAAUGCUAUCGCUCACAUUUUAACGAAGCUUCAGGUGGGGAAAAUUCUUUCUGAGCUCCUCCGUGAUGGAGCCCAGGCUGGACGUCAAGCAGGUAGUGGUGGUCAUGGUGAGCAAGGUCGGUGGCAAGCUGAACUGGGUCGAGUAGCCUUGGAGCUGAUUGCAAUCGUGACCAACGCUGGAAGAGCAAGUACUAUGGCGGCUAGUGAAGCUGCAGCUCCCACUCUGAGACGAAUCGAAAGAGCUGCUAUAGCCGCUGCGACUCCUAUAAGUUACCAUUCAAGGGAGUUGCUUCAGCUAAUUCAUGAGCACCUCAUAGCAUCUGGGCUUCCCACCGCUGCUGGAGCUUUGUUAAAGGAAGCACGUAUCAAACCUUUACCGUCGACUAUACCUUCUGCAUCAAUACAAUAUUCAUGUCCUCCAAACAAGUGUUACUGGGAAGACCAUGAGUGGCCCGGAGGCCGUGUACCCGGAGGUUUUCUUGCUGGGCCCGGUAAAGCUGUAAGAGAGGAGGAAGAAGUUAGUGGUUCCGCGAGUUCGGCACGAAAGAAAGUACCAGUAUUCUCACCGGCUUUGGUGGGAUGUCCGAAGACACCAGUCACUGCGCCUCUGAAAAAGAGCCUUAACGGUAAAGACUCUCGAUUGCCUCUUGAAACCCCGAAUGGAUCCGGAGUUAUCAAGAAUACCGGUCUUGACAACUCAGACAAUCCCUUCAAGACGCCAACAUCAUCCCGAACCAUACUUCCACUGAAGCGCAAGGCCGGCGACAAGGAUACCUUUCCAGUUUCACCUAUCAAGAGAGUAGCUCAAUUUGAGUCUGGAUUUACUGCACCCCCAUUCACGCCGCCAAAUUCUCGAUUGAAGAGUACCUUGAUGGUGGACACCGGAUUGCCACCUGUACCCAGUUCGUCUUUCCCAGUUCAAAAUGACGGUGCAGUCAAAUCUGUACUUAGUUUGUCCUCGCAGUUUGACAAAACCGACACGGGUGGAUCUUCUCUUUUCGAAAAUGCUGGCAACAGCGAUGUAUCCUUAUCACCCUGUCCUUCGUUCAUUGCAAGAUAUCAAGGUACACCCAUGUCCAUGCAGGUUCCUCUUUCAGGAUUGCCUACUGAAUCUAGAGCGUGUCCAGCCGAGCAUACCAGUCUGGACUCUUUGGUUGUGCAGUAUUUGAAACAUCAACAUCGACAAUGUCCAGCACCUAUUACCACCCUACCUCCGCUUUCGUUACUUCAUCCUCAUGUGUGUCCUGAGCCAAGCAGAACUUUGGACGCACCCUUGAAUACCACAGUAAGGCUAGCCUCCAGAGAAGUGAGGGCUCCCUAUGGAGGUGUGCAUGGUCGUCGUCACGACAGGCACUUUGUUUACAGUCGAUUCAGACCUUGGCGCACAUGUCGUGACCAAGCCGUCUUAUUGACUGCCACCACAUUUUUAGGCCAGGCUUCUUGUUUGGCUGCUGGGAGUCAUCAAGGAGACAUCCGCCUUUUCGAUUCCAGUUCUGGUAACCCUUUGGAGGUGCAUGCUUGUCACACGUCGCCCAUUACUCUCCUGCAGUCUGCUCCAAGGGAGAUAGGAGGCGGCGUAGAAGGUUUGGCGUCACAUACGGGACAGCUUCUAUUGUCCUCAGCUGGGUACGACGUAAAACUCUGGGAUUCUUCCAUGAUGAGUAAUGGUGCUCUUCACACCUUUGAUAUCUGUCGAGCAGCUCGCUUCAAUCACAGUGGCAGUAGGUUCGGUGCUGUUGGGUUGGAAUCCCCUCAUAAAGAGGUACUGUUAUACGAUGUUGCUACCUGCAAGCUAGAGCACAGACUUUCUGACAACUCUCCAGUGGUAACAGCACGUGGUCACAAUCAAGCGAUGGUUCACUUUAGUCCUUCAGACGUUCUCGUGCUCUGGAGUGGGGUCCUCUGGGAUCAUCGUAUCCCUCGUGCAAUCCAUCGAUUUGAUCAGUUCACUGACUACGGUGGUGGUGGUUUCCAUCCUGCUGGCAAUGAGAUAAUUAUAAAUUCUGAGGUGUGGGACAUGCGCUCUUUCAAAUUGUUACGGAGUGUUCAGUCGCUCGACCAGACCACUAUCACAUUCAAUGCUACAGGGGAUGUGAUAUACGCCACACUACGGCGAAACUCCGACGAUAUUAUGGCAGCUCUCAAUCCUCGUCGUGUCCGUCAUCCACUUUUCGCUGCUUUUCGGACCAUGGACGCCGUUGACUAUUCGGACAUCGCAACUACGCCUGUUGAUCGAUGCGUUCUUGAUUUGGCAACUGAGCCUACGGAUUCGUUUAUCGCUGUCGUCUCAAUGGACAGCAAUGAAGAAAUGGACACGUUUGCCAGGUUGUAUGAAGUAGGGAGACGACGACCGACGGAUGAUGACUCUGACCCUGAUGAUGGAGGGGAGACAGAAGAUGAAGACAGUGAGGCCGAUGACGAUGAUGAAGAUGACGAUGGUGAUUUACAUGGUGACGUUGAUGAUUCAGACAUCGACCUUGCCAGCAAUGAUGAUGAUGAUGACGGUAGUGCGGAUGACGAUGAUGACGUCGACGAUGAUGUCGACGUUGACUUUGGUGAUACUAGCGAUGAUGACGGUAGUGAUGAUGGUCUUGGAGGUAACAUUUUAGAACUGAUUACUGAAGGAGAAGAUGGUAUGACGAGAAGGACCUUUAGUAGUGAUGAAGGUUCUGGAGGUGACUUCGGAGACGAUGCCUUUGAUGACAUGCUGCAUCAGCUAAUGUAAGUUCUUCAAUUAUAAGAAUGUGUUCCGGGGCAUUUACUUGGAGAGUGCUGGCAGUGUACAGAUGUCUUUUCUGUGAAGGUUCAUUUCAGAUAGGAGGGAAGCCCAAAGCUCUGUGCAUCUAAGUUGCUGCUGUUUAAUACAGCAGAUUCUAUUUUGUAAUGGUUUUGCAAAUUUUGCCUACUUGAUGGUCAUGGAUACAGGUCGCUUUGGGGACAGACAAUCCAUGUAAACAGACACUGGCAUUACUGCCUAUUCAUGAACAGAGGUACGCCGAAAGCAGUGAUUGGCUCUUUCCCCUGACUCGCGUGCGAGUUUUGUAGCUACCAGUGAGAAAGGAAAACCGUGCUCUAUGCGGUAGCUUCUUGAGACAUAUUCUUAGGGGUCUCAAGUAAUGCAUGAGUUUCUCAUGUAAUGUAAUUAAAGUAGUUAGUUAGCCACAGAAUCAUUUUCUGUUCAUUUUUGAAAAAUAUGUCUCAUUACUUUGACCUAUUGAGUGAGUCAGGGAUGCUUAGUGCUUGAUCUGCAAGUGGAUUUUCUGUAAAAGUCAGAAGAUGAUACUGUGCCGUGUCACUUACAGUUGAAUAAAAUUAAAUCAUAAACUCUUUAGAAGCUAGUGGAGUUAUGGUGAAGUAAGGCAAAUUACAUGCAUUUUGUAUCAAACAGAUGCUUCUUUAAGUGUCUUGACCGUAUCAAGUAAAUUCUUGG